CGCAGGCUCUGCUCUCUACGCUGACUCGCUACCUAACUGAGGAAAUCUCCCUUCUCAUGAGGACUCUGGUAGCCGCAGAGGACGGACGGUUGAGGACCGAAAGGGAGCCCCGUGGACCGGUGGACUGUAGAGUCAGGUGCUGCUGGAUGAGAGUCUGACUAGGCAUUUUCUCCCCGGUGACAGAGACAACCUCAGCCGCGCAUCUUCCCACAUCCUCCUCCUCCCCUCCCUUCCUUUCUCCUCUUCUCCUCCUCCUCCUCCUCUGCUGCCCUCCAAAGCUGCAGCACAGCGACCAUGGCCCUGGUGACUCUGCAGCGCUCCCCCACCCCGAGUGCAGCAUCCUCGGCUAGCACGACCAACAGCAGCGCGGGGGAGGACUUUGGGAGUGACGAUGACCGGAAAAACAAUCAGAGCCUCAGUGAGAGCUUCUUCAUGGUCAAAGGCGCCGCCCUCUUCCUCCAGCAGGGCGGCAGCACACAAGGACCAAAGACCCCGACCCACCACAAACAUGCAGGUGAUUUACCUCAACACCUGCUGGUCAUGUUUAAGAUCCUCCGCUCUGAAGAUCGCAUUAAGCUGGCUGUACGGUUGGAGAGUGGCUGGUCAGAGCGUGUGCGCUACAUGGUGGUCAUCUACACCAGCGGCCAUCAAGAUACAGAGGAAAAUAUCGUCCUGGGAAUGGACUUCAUGGACAAAGACAGUAAAGAUUGCUCCAUUGGGAUGGUGCUGCCUCUGUGGAGUGACACCAACAUUCAUCUAGAUGGAGAUGGAGGCUUCAGUGUCAACACAGCAGGGCGGUCACAUGUCUUCAAGCCUGUAUCCGUGCAGGCCAUGUGGUCUGCCCUGCAGGUCCUUCACAAGGCAUGCGAGGUGUCACGGCGGUUCAAUUACUUCCCAGGAGGCAUUGCUCUCACAUGGAUGGCCUUCUAUGAGAGCUGCAUCACCUCAGAGCAAAGCUGCAUCAAUGAGUGGAACACUAUGACCGACCUGGAGACGACGCGGCCGGACUCGCCCACGAUGUUUGUCGACAGGCCGACCGAGCGAGAGAGAACAGAGUGUCUCAUUAAAGCAAAGCUUCGUACCAUCAUGACGUUUCAAGACCUGGAGAACAUCACCUCCAAGGAGAUCCGCAACGAGCUGGAGCAGCAUAUGAGCUGUAACCUCAAAGAGUACAAGGAGUUCAUCGACAACGAGAUGCUGCUCAUCCUCGGCCAGAUGGACAAGGCCACACUCAUCUUUGACCACGUGUAUUUGGGCUCUGAGUGGAACGCUUCCAACCUAGAAGAACUUCGAGACUGUGGAGUGGGUUACAUCCUGAAUGUCACAAGAGAGAUUGACAACUUCUUCCCUGGACUGUUCUCCUAUCACAACGUCCGAGUGUACGAUGAGGAGGCCACCGACCUGCUGGCCCACUGGAACGACACCUACAACUUUAUCGUUAAAGCCAAGAAGAACAAUUCCAAGUGCCUGGUGCACUGUAAGAUGGGGGUGAGCCGGUCCGCCUCCACAGUUAUUGCCUAUGCAAUGAAGGAAUACGGCUGGUCUCUGGAGAAGGCCUACAACUUUGUCAAGCAGAAACGGAGUAUAGCUCAGCCAAAUGCCGCCUUCAUGAGACAGCUGGCAGAGUACGAGGGGAUCCUGGACGCCAGUAAACAGCGCCACAACAAGCUGUGGAGGCCGGAUACUGAUGAGGAGGGGUCGGAUGAUUUGCAAGCCUCUGGCCACAGCACAGGAGGGGAGGAGACGCCGGUGCUCAGAGAGGAGGAGGCCUGGGGAGGCUGCGGGGCAUCUCCCUGCAGAGGUAUGGGUCUGGAGAUGGAGCCCCUCGACUCUCUUAACUACAACUAUUACUUUAGACGUCUGUCAGACUCUGCGCUGGACAGCGAGCCCUCCACCCCGGUGCGGGGCCCGCCUCUGCUGGGCAUGGAGAGAGUAUUCAUUGAGAUUGAAGACGUAGAGAGGGAUGCCCUGCUGGAGGACGAGGGUUUCCCGAUGGCUCAUUUAGCUCUGCCAGGCGAGGGCACAGCGGCUCAGACGUGUGGGCGCCUUGAUCCGAUGGAGGACAUGAGACUGAAGCUGGAGUUCAGUACUUUAGAGGAAGAGGAUGAGGAAGAGGCCAAGAAAGAGGAAGCAGAGAUGGCAGCCUUGGCUCAGACCCCGGGAAAUUCAGAUGGGAAGGAGGCAGAGAGGACGGAGGAGAGUCGGAUAGGGCUAGCCAACCUGAACACCAACAACAGCAACCGGUUAGCCGCUAAACGCAGCUGCCCUGCAGCUUUUGAUGACAGUGCAAGCACAGGAAACCCUUUAAAAGUGAAGCCCUCCUACCAGUCCUGCAAAGACUGCCUGCAUCUCCCUCAAGGACGGCGCUGUGACCGUCCAGCAGGGGGCCGUUCUCAUCGCCUUAACCCCUCCCGCCACUGCACCGUGCCCUCCAUAUGCAUAGAUCCGCCCGGGACAAACUUUGCCUCCACCCCGAUCCUGCAGUCCCUGCAGGCUGCUGCAGUCAUUCCCCCAAACUUCGUCCAACCCUGUAGUCACGUGUACCGCUGUGCCACCUGCCUCCCCGCCGUCCCGCUGACCAUACGACAGAAGGUGGUGUCGCCCAUGAGCUGUGAGGACACACCUUUUGACCGCAGCUCAGUGGAGACAGAGGACAUGGAGGAACCACAGGCGCAGGAUGUAGGAGAACAGAUAUCAAGGGAGGGGACGGGGCUGAUUCAUGAGACUACAGCAGGGGGUGCACUGGAGCUCCAGCUGCAAAUGCCAGGGCUGGGGAUGGGAUUUGGUCUGGAACUGAUGGGACAGAGGGCAGAGCAGCUGGAGAAGAUUCCAAAUGUGUCCAUGGAGGGGCAACUCUAGUGAGGCCUUUGCCUUAAAACAGCAUCCAAGGCUUGGAUAACAUGAAAAAGGAGGUCUAACACCGCCUCCAGCAGGUUAAAUAUUGCAGCUGUGGGCUUUUUAGAUGACUUCUGCUGUGGUGCUGUACCAGAAACAAAGCUCUGCCUUGACCUGUGCUGUCCUAGCCUCAUAGCUGCAUUUAAAGAGCAUCCUGUUCUUAUCUGCUGGCAUGGAGAUCCAGGUGAGGCUGUUUGUUUCAAAGACUCUGCUGUGUCCUCCACAUAAAGGAUCAUCACUGAUACUCUGCCAUUUUACCCUCAGAACAUGUGUAAGAACAGCGGUGUUUUCUCAUUUUUGAAAAAGCUACAGCUAGCUCUUCGAUGUUGAUGUAAAGAAAAAAAAAACCUGAAGUAACAUGCUUCUGUCAGUGUACUGUUUGUUUUAACUCUCCAACAGUAUUCCUGAAUGAGCUCAGUGAAUGUUUGCAGUUCGGUUGCAUUCAGUAUUCCCUCUGAUUCCUCACUGAUAUUUUUCCUGCUGCAGCUGCUUCUGGGCAUUUCAUGUGAAAGCAUAUUUUUUUGAAAAGGAUACAAGCGUAUGUGAGCCUUUCUGAUGCCUCUUUGUAAAGCGUCGUACCUCGGAUCACAAGCUCCUCAGACUGUUUUUGGUCAAAGACUGUUUUGUUGUCUCUGCUCAGUGGCUGAGUUCACCCGACCUCCUCCAUUAAACUUAAUGUAAUCAUGUAGUUACAGCGCUCAUUUUAGCCCAUGCAUGACUUGCAGUAUUAUGUAACAUAUCUAAAACGUGCAUAGACCGAAAACAUUACAUUCUUUUUUAACAGCAUUUUGGUAUUCAGCAUCAUGGUUCAGCGUCAUAAAGGCAUAAUCAAAUAUUACAUUAUCCUUCAGUUUAAAUGAAUACAACCCCAUGCUCUUUAAAGAAAAAUACAGCAAUGAUACAUGGGAGAAUUACGUGAAUGCACUGAAUCAGAUGUUGGGAAAAUUCAGAGGCUUGAAGUUUCUCUAAGGAGAUUUUUCUGACCAUUGUUAAAAACACUGAUCAUUUCUGCACUCUACUUUUAAUGUCUGAAACUGCUGCUGGUGGGGGGUAGGUGUCACCUGCUUUUGCAUUAUCAACAGCAAGAAUUCCUUAAAAGGGAUAUUAAGCAGUAAAACCAAACAAGGCAUGUUUUUUUUGUUUUUUAACCUCCUGAGACCUGAGCUGUCAAACUUAUUUAUAAAUCCUAAAUAUGCCAAUAAGAAUUUUCUAAAAAAUUCCAUGUCAAUUCCUGAACAUUUUCAAGCAAAUUCCUCCAAAUUUCAAAGCAAAUGCCCCGAAAAGAAUAACUACAUUUCCCAAAAAUUCCAUAAAAAGGACAGAAAAUCCCCCAAAAAAGUAUAGCAAAUUCCCUGAAAUUUCCUUAAAAUUCCUGAAAAUUUCAGGAACACCCAACUCCCAAACCAUAACAAAUUUCAUGAACUUCCAUUAAGAUAUCCCAAAUAUUUCCAAGCAAAUUCCCCAAAACAACCAAACAAUUUCCAUGAAACUUCCAUGAAAUUCUUGAAAAAAUUAGAAGGAAACCUCCUUCCAAAAAAGAGGAUCCCCUUGAAAUUCCAAAACAUUUACAUAUAAUGCCCAAAUUUUACAUGAAAAUGCUUUAAAAUUUUAAAGCAAAUUCCCCCAAAUAUUCAAACAAAUUCCCUGAAAUGUCCAUGUUAAUUCUUUAAAAUUUCAAAGGAUACCCGUAAAUUCACAGUCAAAUUAAUUAAGGUACUUAAAAAUUUCACACUUUCCAUGAAAAUACCUCACAAUUUGAAAUCAAAUUCCCCAUACUUACAAAAAAAAUCCCAAGAAAAUGCCUAUAAAUUUCAAGCAAAUUUUUCCUAAAAUUUCCAAAGAAACUCUACAAAAUAAAAGUACAGAUAUCCAAAUUUCCUUGAAAAUACCAAUACUAAUAUUCCCAAUCAAUCUGAAAAGGAUAUUUAUUUUAAAAACUACAUAUUUCCCAAUGUCCAUGAAAAUACCCUAAAAUUUUAAAGCAAGGUCCGCAGAACAUUCCAGUUAAAUUUCCUGUAAUUUAUGUGGAUUGCUUGAUAAAAACUCAAAGGAAACCUCCUGCCCAACAAAGAAGUCCCCAUUUACACAUUCACUUCCCAAAUUUCCAUUGAAAUUCCUCCAACAUGUCCAAGCAAAUUUCCAAAAACAUUCCAAGCAACCCAACCAAAGAAGUUCCCAAUCAAAUUCCCAAUCAUUUACAAACCCAUUUCCCAAAUUCCCAAGAAAUUGACUCUACAUUUAAAAGCAAAAUUUCCCCAAAAUUACAAUGAAACUCAAAAUAAUCAAGCAUAUCCCCAAAAUGUCUACAAAAUACUUGGUGAACCCAGUAAAUACCCCCAAAAUAUGCAAAUAAAUUUAAAUGAAAAUUUCGUAGCAGAUUGUCCCAGCAUUUCAAGCAAAUAUCUUAAACUUAAAGGGUCAUUCCUGACAAUUUUCUCAGAAAUUCUAACUGCAGAAAUUACUACUAUGUUGAAGGAAAGCUAAAAUGUAAUGUCUCAGAAGUAUAACUGGGUCUUAGGAGGUUACGAAACUACUUUUGACGAAAUCAGCAAAGAAAUGAAGAGUCACCACUUGAGCCACAGGGGGCGCCGACAUCAACAAAAAGUUCCUCACUAUAACUUCAAACAUGAUAUCAUUUUCUGUUUUGAGUCAGAUCUUUCCUGAUGUAACAAAGCCAUAUCAUGAUGCCAAGAUUAGCUAACUACCUAACACAGAUUUAAUAUAUUUAUGAUUUCCUUACUCUGGCUAAACCUUUGAUCUUUUGUCUCCUAACACUCAUAGCAGGCUGCCUUUCCUUUCACCCAUGAAAGCUUGCAUAGGCAUGCGGCACAUGUAUAGAUGAAGCACUUGAGCACAACUCUAGUAUCCGUUCACACAGAGCACUCACAUAAAGCAUUUCAGCUACACUUAUUGAAAUAAUCCGAGAACACUCAAGCAAAAACGUCAGACAGGAAGCAUCUUCAGCUGUUUCGCUGCUUGCAUUGCAGGUUUCACAAUUCAGUUAAGCUGCAGCUGUAAUCUUUGAUGAUAGUUUCUGCAAAGAUGUAAAACGAAACUCCAGUUAUUAUUAUUCUGAAUUCCAAGUAGCCAAACUAAAUAUUUAUAUUUACUGUGAGAAAAUGUGUUAAAAAGCAUUUUUUAUUUUGUAAAUCUUUAAACUUGAGGCAUGUUUUGUUCCACUUGUGCCGCCCUCAUUCCAAAGUUGCUGUGCCACAGGGUUUUCUUCAGUUUGAUUGUGUUCUUCCUGUUUUUGGCACGCUGGGUGUGCUGAAUGGUACCGAAUGAUGUGUUUGCAGGAGAAGCACAUGCUCGUGUUAAUUUUGUUUAAAGAUGUGAGUGAUUACGAAAAAAUGAUGGCUGCAAAGAAUGAAUGGAAACUGUUAUCCUCUUUAUCCUUUGGGAUUAUCGUGUACUUUUUGAAGAUUUAUUUAACUUUUUUCUUUAGUUUGCUCGGUAGAACCUCUUAAGUCCUCUGUACCUUCUCGGACUUGAACUAGAACACGGGGAGCUGCAGGUUUGCUCCAGUAGUUUUAUUUAUUUAAAUAAUCUGGUUUUGCCUCUUUACCCUCAGUUGGUUGAGAAUGAUGAAACCAAGAGACAUGGAGUUGUUUAAAUUAAACUAAAAACAAACUGUUUGGGAAAAUGUGCAUUUGUUUUGUUGCAGAGUGAAAUGAUCUCGGAGGUUAGGCUAACAAACUAGAAAAAAACAAUUAAACAUGGUUUUUACUUUAUCUGAGGGCAAAAAAUCCAACAACCAACCUUUACAGCUCACUAUAUACCAGAUAGUUUGUCCUAUUUGGGUUUGAUGAAAAGUUUCAAUAAAACAGCAGAUUAUUAUCUCCAUGAGCAUUAAAGGGGCUAUUGGGUAGGUUUUUUUCAAAAAUCCCAAACUUUUGAACCAUAACUCUAACAAGAACGCACUGUCCAUGACUUGAUUACUUGCUGAAAGAUAAGAGGUUGUGUGAAUGAUUUCAUGAAACUCUCAGCAAGAACAGAAACAAACAACAUUUUAGAAACAUACACUUUUCCCUUAAAGGGAUAGUUUGUUUUUUUUAGAAUUGGGGCCGUGUGAGGUACUUGACAGGUGUAUUAGUUACAGGAAUACCAGUUAGCAUGGCUCUUUUAUUUAGUAGGGGAAAGCUAGGCUAUAAUUAACUACAAACUACUGCAUUGUUUUCCUAACAAAAGUCCCUGUAAAGUCCCAACAUGUUGAAAUAAGGCUACUGUAAACAUGUGAAAACCCUGACAUCUAUGUGUGACUGAUUUUUGGAUUCAGACUGAAAAUUUUUUAGCUCUUUCCUGGAUUGGUUCAGUUUGGGCAGUAAAAAUAUUGCAGCCCAUGGCAUUUCUGGCUGCUAUGGAGAAUUACUACUGGCUAAAUGCUGUGUUUUUCUUCAUUGUGAGGUAUAUUUACUAAAUCAAUCAGCCACGAUGGCCUAUGGAUUAUUAAAAGUAUCAUGACAGAGAGAUUUGUGCCAGAAAACAGUAAAUUUAAACCCCAACUUCUGUCUCUCUGCUCAGGCAAAGCACCAGACAACUGCACUCUAGCCAGAGUUCACUGUAAGUUCAGGGUCAGGCUAAUUGCUGGGGUGCUUAUCUAUUUUUCUGUUGAACCAGAAGGUGCAGGAACAACCAUUUACCGCCUGAAGAUGUGUUUUAAUCCAUAGUUCACUUGUCUUUAGCCCUGGAUGAUUAAAAAAGCAGACUAUGGCUUUGUCUCUCUCAAAGCGGCACCAGUUCAAUCCCUCCUGUCUGUCAGCAUUGCUAUGCUAGAGUUUAGUUCAGUAUCUAAUGGUAGGCACAGUCUGCUCCUGCCAAGUCUGUCAAACUGAAAUCCAUUGAAGGCUUUUAUUUUGAAGAACAUCAGGAAAUUGAGUUGCAACAUAGCAGCAUAGCAGAUUCCUCCAUUUAGACUGAAGCAUUUAUAUUAAUUUAAGAGGAUCAUAAUUCUCAAGAGUGGGCGUGGCUUCAGCUCAGUCAACCAACACGCCCACCCCAUCCUAGAGCAAAUAUUAUGGCCUCAUUUUUUAGGAUUUAGAAGCUUAAUUUUAUAAACUUAGAGAUGUUUUUCAUGACAAAAAUUGAAAAUUGGCCUGGUGGUUCAUAACACAGUGGCCUGUCAUGCUAAAAAGCUAAAAUAUAGAUUGUUUUUUUUUACUUUACAGGGUUGGUAAAUGUUUGUUAUUGAGCCACCUCUUAGUGCAAAAAGUAGAAGAAACAUGCUGAGAAUCAUGUCUAUUUGGUGUAUAUUUACCCCUCAACUACUAUUCGACUGAACCAGCAUAUCUGAAUUGUUUUGCAUCUUUAUAUUUUGACACCCUGAUCUAGUAUCAGUGAUGUUUAUGUGCUCCCUAUCAUCAUUUACCUGAGUAAUAACCAAAGAAGUCCCCUCACCAAAUCCUUCUUGGCUCAGUAAAGCUAGCAUAGUUUAGAUUGUUGUUGUGUCAUCUGACAUGGUGAUAUCACAAAAAAAAAAAAAUAUGUCUGAUCUGACCUUUAGGGUCACACUGACCUACAUCUUUUAUGGUUUUCAUUCUAACUAUGGCCAAGUACCUCAAACAACCCCACUUAAAAAACACUGAACUAUCCCUUUAAUAUGAUUCUAUUUAAACCAGUUGUUCUCAGUUUGUUAGCAGCUCUGACAGGUGGGACUGAUCUGUCUGUGACUUAAAAGACCUAAGCUAUGUUCCCAGACCACAGCACUACGUUUGCUUCAUGUUUAACUUGUUUUUGUAUUUAAGUGCCUUAACCUCGGCCUUAGCUCCAUCAUAAAUCAUCACAGGCUUUUUCAAAGUUUCUGUGAGUUUGUUGAUGGUCUGGCUGUCUUUUGUACAUUACUCACCCCCGUCACUCCCAAGAAUAACCAUGAUCCCUGCUAUAUUUAACUUUGCACAAUGUAUGCAAACACACGCUCAUAUAACAGCAGCCUCCUUGACCCUCAUAUACAUGCACACUUGGUGGACUUCCAUUAUCAGUCACCUAUAAUAAUGAUUAUUUGAUAUUGUGGUACUCUAUUGGUUCAGUAGCUGGCUGAAGAACCUGACAUUUAAAUUUAAACAUAAAUAUUUGAAACUAACCCGUCUGUAUAUAGGUCUUUCUUUAUAAUUUGUCAUCAGCUUGCAGAUGUGGUCAGUAUUAAGAAAAGCACUGUUACAGCUACUGUGUAAUGAAGACUCAUAAUUCAGUUCUCGUGUUUGUACCACAGCAAAAAAAACGACUUCUUGUUCCGCUUUAUUCAUUAGGUUAUGAUUGAAUUAUUUUUAUUGAAAUAUUCCCAAACUGACAAUCCUAUUUUGUGAGGGAGGACACUGAGACAUAUUGCAGGUUAAAGGGGGGUUCGUGCAUUUAUAGAGAGUAUUUAAAGAGCACAAGUCUGCCACAAAGCAUGUGAGGUGGAGACAAGUGGUAAAUAUUGACCUACCUGGGAGUAAAAUUUUGUUGUGUUUACUGUUUUUGUUAUCUUUCAUGUACUGUACUGUACAUUGUAUAUGUUCAUGUGUAAUGCACUUUUUUUUUUUACAUUUUGUUAAGAACGAUGUCCAG